AAGUGUGAAAGAAAGAAAGGGAAAGGGAAAGGGAAAUGGAAACGGACAUGGAAAUGGAGAUGGAGAUAGAAGAUGGGGUGUUGAUAAUAACAGAUUCAAUCUCUGUAAACGCAAGAAUUGUGGUUUGGGCUCUUCAACAUUUCUCUAUUCCUCUCAAGGAUUUGAGGAUCAUCACUCAAGCCUCACUACUUGAAGGAAGCCUUUAUUUUAAGUCAUCUUCAUUGUCAACUGUUAUCUCAAUCUCAGAGAAACCUGGGUUUCACAACCAACUUUGGCUGUUAGAAUUGGUGAAAGUGCUUAAACCUGGCGGUUUUGUGUUCUUACAAGAACCAUCAUUGUUCAUCAAUGGGAACAAGGAUUUUGCUGUUGGCGAGUCUAGAGCUUGUUUAGAGCGCAAUCUUUUAUUUGCGGGUUUCUAUUCAGUGGAAGGUUUUGAAUGCCUUGAUCAUACUGGUGAAAUUGGAUGUUCAAAUCAAGAGUUUGAACUUAUUGCGAUCAAAGCAAGAAAAACAUGCUGCAAUGUAGAGUCAUCUGCUCUCCAAAAGAAAAAGAUUCUCAGAGUUGAAACUCCAACAGUUGCUGCCGUUAACACAUUACAAUCACGUAUUGAGGAUGUAGAUGACUUUAUUGAUGAAGAUACUUUGCUUACAGCAGAAGAUUUAAGUAGGACUGAGUUGCCAUUAGACAAUGCUUUUGUUUUAAGGGAACGGAUACGUGAGCGUAAUCGCCUUUACCAACGUAGACGCAGAGCAAGAAUGACAGAAGAACAAAAGAACCGUGAAAAGGAACGAAGGCGACAGUAUAUGCAAAACCGCAGAAUACAGCCAAUCAGUUAUGAAGUACCACUCCCUCCAGCUAGCUACAAAGGAGCAGAAGAAAGUGACCAAAAUCAACAGUGUGCUCAGCAGCUUCGAGAAUCUAUAGUUGAGAUGGAAAACAACCAGGGCAUGGGAGCUGGUGAAGCUUCAUAAUGUAAAGGAACCUUUGUGGCAGAGCCCCAUUAGACUGGUAGACAUGAAAAUUUUUAUAUUCUAGUGCUGUAAUGGCUGCUGGUUUAACCUAUGAUUGUGUAAAUAUCAGAAAGAAUGUACAAGCUGGUAACAGUUUGCCAAUUCACACCAUUAUACGAGCCACUGAAUCUACGGAUGCAGUCAGAAACCUGGAAUUUAUACAUGUGAAUGAAGAUAAGUGGGAAUAUAAUUGCAAGUUGUAAUAUAUAGUUUUAGAAAAUGGGAGCAGUGCUGGUCUUAGUGUAAAGAAGACUCUGCCCCACGAUGUUUUAUCAUUUUGAAUUUAAUUUCCUAUGUAUAGGGAAAAUAUGAUGGAUCAUGGGCUUUUUCUUCUGAUCUGUGUUGUGUAUACAAAUUACAAAGUAAUAAUCCUGGAUUCUGAUACUUGUGUUCGAGUCAUCAGAUAUCUCAAUUACUGUAUGGAGAUACAAUCUUAUUUUUACUAGUGUCCAAUUGAUUGGCACAA